GGUGAAGGAGGAGGAGAAGAAAAUUUGUCCUUCACUGUGGAAUUUGGUGACUCAGAAGAAGGAAAGUCGAAAAGCGGUUUGUUAAUGGCGGGGCUUUGAGACUCGGAACCGCUGAAAACAGGCUUUCUGGACAGUUCUGGGUUUUUUGUAUUAUGGCAAAUGUCAAGCAGAAACUUUUAUUCAGGACUGAAAACGUGUGUGGAGACAGAGCAGAUGGGGAAUCCGAGAGUUUUGAACAAGGUGGAAGAACAAGGCGACCUGGGGAGGUAAACGGAGUGACGGACCAGAUUCAGGCCCGUAGAAAGUCUCUCAAUGACUCACUCGAAGGGGACGUCAGAGCUUUUCUAGUGAACGAGGCUGAGCUCCACACCUAUGAUGACCUGACCAAAGUCAACCCUGUAACUCCAACCACAGUGCUAAAAUGCCUGCAGGCCCGUUACAGUGCGAGAGUGUUUUACACUCACGCUGGCUGCACACUGGUGGCGUUGAACCCGUUCCAGCCGAUUCCUCACCUUUACUCACUGGACGUAAUGCACGAGUACCACUCCGCUUCCCAACCUCAGGACUUCAAGCCGCACAUCUUUGUCGUCGCCGAAGAGGCAUAUAGGAACGUUCAGGGCCAAGUUGAACCUGUCGACCAAUCACUAGUGGUCUCUGGGGAGAGCGGAGCUGGGAAGACGUGGACUUCACGCUGCCUCAUGAAGUACUACGCCACAGUGGCUACCUCAUCACAGAAGUGCCAGCACGCGGUGGAGAGGAUAGAGAGACGAGUGCUGGACUCGAACCCCAUCAUGGAAGCCUUUGGUAAUGCUUGCACUUUACGCAACAAUAACAGCAGCCGCUUCGGAAAGUACAUCCAGCUCCAGCUGAACAGUUCUCAGUUGCUGAUUGGGGCCUCGGUGCAAACGUAUCUUCUCGAGAAGACCAGGGUGGCCUUUCAGGCUCCUAACGAGAGAAAUUUCCACAUAUUUUACCAGAUGAUGAAGGGAGCGACAGAAGAACAGAGGCGGGAGUGGGAGAUGCCACGUGACCAAACGUUUGCCUGGUUGCCAAAUGCAGAGAGAACCUUAGAAGAGGAUUGCUUCCAGGAGACACUUGAAGCCAUGGUCAGCCUUGGCAUUGAUGCAGACAAGCGUGCACAGAUUUUCAGGAUCCUGGCAGGUCUUCUGCAGCUGGGGAAUGUGAACUUCAGUCCCGCCCCUGAGUCUGAGCCCUGUGGUCUCGAUCAACAAUCCAAAGGUUUCCUAGAGAAGACAGCGGCUCUGUUGCGUGUGCCAGCAGAUGAGCUGCAGCAGUGUGUGAGUGUCCGGAUGCUGCGUGCAGGAAAGCAGAGCGCCCUGUUGAAGCCCUGUUCACAGAGCGAGUGUGUGGUGCGUAGGGACUGUCUCGCUAAAGUCAUCUACGCCCGACUGUUUGAUUGGCUGGUCAGCUUCAUCAACAGUAGCAUCUGCGCAGAUGACUCCAAGUGGUGCAACUUCAUUGGCCUUUUGGAUGUGUAUGGCUUUGAGUGUUUCCUGCUGAACAAUCUGGAGCAGCUGUGCAUUAACUAUGCUAAUGAGAAGCUGCAGCAGCACUUUGUAGCUCACUAUCUGAAGGCCCAGCAGGAGGAAUACGUGUCCGAGGGACUGCAGUGGUCUUUUAUCCGCUAUCAAGAUAACCACAGCUGCCUGGAGCUGAUUGAGGGAAAUCCCACCAGCAUCUUCUCCCUGCUUAAUGAGGAGUGCCGUUUGAACAGAGCGUCCGAUGCUAAGCAGUUUCGGGAGCGUCUAGAGAAGGAGCUCUCGGACAAUGGCAGUAUGAGCUGGGACAAGCUGAGCAAGAAUCCUCACUUCAUUGUUGCUCACUACGCAGGCAAAGUUAAUUACCAGAUCGAGGGCAUGAUGGAGAAGAAUAAGGAUCCAGUCCCCCCUGAACUCCUCAGUUUGCUGCAAAAGUCAGAGGAUUCUCUGCUGCAGAGUCUUUUUGCAGACUCGGACGUUGAAGAGAACCCUCGUGGCCACAGCAAAGUCGUCACUGUCGUCUCCAAAUUCAAGAACUCCUUGGAGAAUUUGAUGAAGAUUCUGCACAGCACCACUCCUCAUUACACACGCUGUAUUAAACCCAACCCCGACUGCAGACCGCUUACCUUCAAGAAGGAAGAGGUCAUCACACAGCUGGAGGCCUGUGGAAUAGUGGAGACCAUCCACAUCAGUGCUGCAGGUUUCCCUAUCAGGGUUCCCUAUGACAGCUUUAUCCAGCGUUACGGGUUGAUCACCAACACCAGGUUCCUGGCUCAAGGAGCUGAGAACAGGGAUCAGAUCAUUCUCGGCCCUGCUGUACAGGACAUUCUGAAUGCAGUCCUGAGGACCGGUUCUUCUGACCCUGACCUCACACCCAGCAAGAACAUCAUGAUGCUGCAUUGUGGGAAGACCAAAGUGUUCCUGACACAUGCCAUGUUGGAGUUAUUGGAGGAGCAGAGGUACAGAGUGCGCUCUCAGAAGGCUUUCUCUAUCCAGUGCUGCUGGCGACGACACCAGUGCCGUCAGCGAGCCAUCAGGACAAAGUGUGCCACGUUCAUACAAGCAGUGGUGCGGGGCUGGCUGGUCAGGAGAGAGGUGAGGAGAUGGCGAAAAGCUGCUACAGUCAUCCAGAAUAAAUGGAGGUCUUGGAGGGCUUUGAUGGACUCCCUGGCUGAGGCGGAGUUGGAUGACGCUGAGGACCUGCAGGAGGAAGAAGCGGCGUGUUCCUUACUGAUUCAGAGAGGUUCUGUGCAACUCUCUGGCAUCCCCAACCCAAUACCCUUCAACAGCUGGCCUAUGGGCCUGGCUAUGACCUUCACCCCCAGCGUCACUGUGACUCUGACCACUUCAGGUUUCCAUAAGGUCACGUCCAUCAUGGCCACACUGAAGAAGCCCUUCAGGAACGGAGAGUACAAAGUGCAGACCAACCAGUUCAACCAUGGCGUGGCCUCCAUCCGGGCACAGCCACAGGGCUCUGUGAAGCUCCACAUGCAGAGAUCUCCUCUCCGCUACGCCGACAUGUACCCAGGACUCCACACUGACCAAGUGACCGGGUUUAAUCAGAUUCUGCUGGACAAAACAUCUGCAACUCCAUAAUUAAUCCACUCGAAUCGCCCAAAACAACCGUUACCCAAAUCGAAGCACUUUCUUUCCUGCUUGUGCAUUUUGAAUGCCGUGCCAGUGAAACCCAUAGCUGCCACGUCUGAUCUAAUUCAGGGAUCCGUUUUGCUGUAUAUAUUCUGUCAACAUGGAUGUGCCUUUUAUUAAUUAGUCUACACACUAGGCUAUUUUAUAUCUAUUUAUUUUGAGAUUGUGCUUCCUGCAUGAGGAAUUCCGAUUUUCUAAUCAAAGUCUACUACUUAUUUGCUUUUGAUAACAUUUGAUGACCGAUUAUUCCAAAAUGUAUUGCUUGAAAGAUAAACCGAGAUAACUGGCCAAAAGGUAAACAGAAACACUAAAGACAUGUUUGCACUGGAGAUGGAAGUCUAUUUCAAAACGGGAAACAAUCGCGAUACUUGAUGGCGGUGUUAUAUGAGAAGCAUAUCAAGAAGGAAACGUCUUGCCUCAUCAACUAUUCCUUUAAUUUGUUUAAUACAUAAUCCAAUCACAGAUUUUAUUUAGGAUUUAUAACUCUGAGAAAAGAGGGAACAUGACAUUUAACUGGAACGCUUCUGUACUGUUUAGUAUUGUAUACUAUGUACAUUUCUGCUUUAUUUAAGGCUUAUUGCACAGUUACGACAAACCCAAUUUUAAUGAAUAAAUACACUAUCGAGGAUGGUAGCAUUUAUGACUUAACCAGGAAUUGAGUUCUCAUGUGUUUUUACUACAGUUUGACUUGGGCUGCUUCCUGUCCUGUCCUCGCACCCAAAAAAAAAAAAAAGUUGAUUUCACUGGACCACCACCUUGACUAUAGUGUGUAUUCACUGGUGUGUGCAUUGUAUCAACAACUUUAUGCAAUAUCACACUAUUUAUUUCCAU